UUGCUUACUACAGGUUACGGGGGACAGUUGGUCAUACUAUUUAAUAUGUCUUAUUUAUAUUAUAUCUGAGAAGAAUCUAUUAAUAUUUCUUUAGGUUCUUGAGUCUCCUUUGGUGAUAUUAAUAUCCCUUAUGGUCUCUCUUUAGAUUCUUUAGCUAUGACUGUAUUAAUUCCCGUUGGUAUCGUUACUAUUUGUGUAUUAUUAUAUGCUAUUGAAUAUAUGUCUCAUGAUCCUAAUCGUAAUAGAUUUUUAAUUAUUUUAAGUAUCUUUGCUAUAUUUAUGACCAUCUUGGUUGUAAGUGAUAAUUAUGUUAUGAUGUUUAUAGGUUGAGAAUUUGUUGGUAUUAUAUCUUAUUUAUUAAUAUCUUAUUGAUCAACUCGUAUAACAGCUAUGAAAUCCGCUUUAUCAGCUAUAUUAUUAAAUCGUAUGGGUGAUACAUUCUUUAUGAUAGCAUUAGGAAUAUUAUUAGGAUAUUUUCAUGCAGUAGAUUAUGAUACAUUAACAUUAGCUACACCUUAUACUAAUACAUUAAUAUUAAAUAUAUUAACUAUAUUAUUAUUACUAGCAGCAACGGCUAAAUCAGCACAAUUAGGAUUACAUGCAUGAUUAUUACAAGCUAUGGAAGGUCCUACUCCCGUUAGUGCUUUAUUACAUGCUGCUACUAUGGUAUGUGCAGGUGUUUAUGUUCUAGCUAGAUCUUACUUUAUUCUUGAAUAUUCUCCUACUAUUUUACUUAUUGUUUGUUGACUCGGUGGUUUAACUACUCUUGUUAGUGGUUUAAUUGCUGUAGUAACUAAUGAUAUUAAAAAAGUUAUUGCUUUAUCAACCAUGUCUCAAUUAAGUAUUAUGGUUCUUGCAAUAGGAAUUAGUGCAUAUGAUCUUGCUAUUUAUCAUCUUUAUUGUCAUGCAUUCUUUAAAGCUUUAUUAUUCAUGGGGGCUGGAAGUGUUAUUCACAGUUGAAUUGCUGAAUCUCAAGAUAUGCGUAAAUAUGGUGGUUUAUCUCUUUAUUUACCUCUUAGUUAUACUGCUAUUCUUAUAGCUUCUUUAUCCCUAAUGGCUAUACCAGGUCUUACCGGUUAUUAUAGUAAAGAUAUUAUUAUUGAAUCUUUAUAUGGUACUUAUACUUAUAGUGGUUAUAUUCUUUAUUAUAUCGCUGUUGGAUCCGCUACCCUUACCAGUAUUUAUAGUAUCCGUGUUCUAUGAUUAACAUUCUUUAAUUAUCCUAAUGGUAAUCGUAAUAGUUAUAGAUAUAUACAUGAAAAUAUUUAUAUGAUAUUACCUAUGAUAAUAUUAGUAAUAUAUAGUAUAUUUAUUGGAUAUUCACGUGAUACUGUUAUAGGACAUUAUUCAAUGUCAUUACCUAUGAAUAAUCAUUUUAUUGAAACUGAAUAUACUUUACCUACUUAUAUUAAAUUAUUACCUUUAAUACUUGGAUUAUCAUUAUCAUUAUUAUUAAUAUAUAUUUAUGAAUAUACAUAUAUUAUAAGAAAAUCACAAGUAUAUAAUUACUUUAAUAAUAGAAUAUAUUAUGAACAAAUAUUAAAUAAUAUAAUAAUACGUACAGUAUUAAGAUUUGGAGGAUUAUUAAAUUAUUAUACAGAUAAUGGGUUAUUACGGACAUUAGGGUCAACAGGGAUAACAAGAGUUAUAACAUAUAUAAAUAUAGGAAUAAUAUUAAAUAUAGUAUAUGUAAUAGUAUAAUAUGUAAUAGUAUAA